CAGAGUAACACCACCUCUGAAACAAGCAGUACGUGAGUUCACACUGCAUCUGUGCGUUAGAGCAUAGCUAACACUGCAUCCACGGGGCAUCAAGCAUCUGGGGAAGCAAAGCAGUUUUUCUGACUGAAAAAUCCUAAGAAAGUAAAGACCAUGAAACACUGCAUUCCCAAGUUUGUUUUAAAGUGAUUCCUUCCUCAUGACAGUAUCUUGUAUCUCUCCCUCUUCUGUUUUGACAAACAUCCAGUAGUCCUUCCGCAAGCCUCACAAGUAUUGGAAUCACAGUGACCUUUGUCCCUGUGAAUUUUUCGCUAAAAGGUGAUAUAAGCUGGGCAUGUGGUAAGGGCAGGAGUUGGGAAAGCCAUCUUUUAACUGGUACCUAAAGCUGUGGUUGUGUUACAUUAACUGUAUAACCAACCCAGUUCACUUGCCUGCAGAAUUUCAGGUGUAGUUAAGACUAUCCUAUGUAUUAAGAGACCAUUUAUUAGUCACCAGGUGAAGGCUGGUGCUAUCCUCUCUGCUCAUUAAGAGAAUGAUGCUCACAGAAGUAUUCUUUUCUCCUUGCUCAGAAGUCAAAUGAAAACAAAAGAACCCAUCCUUAAAACUGCUUUUAGUUAAGCUUUAUUUUUGUCAUGGCAGAAUAGGCUCUUGAAGGCGCACCGAGUGGAGUGGGUUUUAGAUUGCCGACUCUUGAAUUUUGGUUGAGAAUUGGUAACAUGGUCAGGGAUGAGGAAAGCUGCUCUGGAAAAGCAUCUUCUGUAUCCAGCCAUGGGGUGGUCAGGGGGCUGAAGGCGAGGUAAAGGCCGCUCGCCGUAACAAGUCAUGGUCUAGCUAGUAAAUUACUAAGGGGGGUUCUAAAACCAGAUAGUGUUUUCUAUAAAUUUUAUCUUGGCCAUAAGAGCUUGGUAAAUGUCUGCAGAGAAUGGUUUUUCUGCUCCUGAUGACUUUGAAAUACAGAUUUAGGGUGUCAAUGGAGAAUGUUUUUUCAGUGCUGGAGACAGCAAGGGACAGGAAAGGAGUCUAUUUGAAAUCAUGAGCUAUAUUGACAUUCUGUUUCACUUGCUGCUUUUUCCACUUUACAUACUGUAAGUUCCCAAGCAACUCACUUGCCAACACAGCUGUGGAUACACUAUUUGUCUUGACAAUAGUCACCUUGGAAUUUAGGUCUAGUUUUCUAUCUCCACUUCCUUGUUUCUUUUAUAACAUGUAUGUAUGGUAGCAGGUUGAGUUAGAGUGUUUUUAUAAGUGGGGUAAUGGUCUGUAGCUACUAGUGUGACUCUAGGAAGGAUGAGUGGUCAGGACCUCGUCACUUUGAAUGUGGGAGGGAAGAUAUUCACAACAAGGCUCUCUACCCUCAAGCAGUUCCCUGCCUCUCGGUUGGCAGGCAUGUUAGAUGGCAGAGACCCAGAGUUCAAGACAGUUGAUGGCCAGAUUUUUGUGGAUAGAGAUGGUGCUUUAUUUAGUUUCAUUUUAGAUUUUUUGAGAAAUCAUGAGCUUCUGUUACCCUCGGACUUCUCAGACCAUCGUAGGCUUCAGAGAGAGGCUCUUUUCUAUGAACUUGAUUCUCUUGUUGAUCUCUUAAGCCAGUACCUGCUCCAAUCAAGAUCUGCUAUCAUGGAGGUGCAUUUCCUAAACCGAAAUACUCAAGCCUUCUUCAGAGUGUUUGGCUCUUGCAGCAAAACAAUUGAGAUGCUAAGUAGGAGGAUUAUGAUGUUUGUGGAGCGACCUCCAGCACUGGCCAGGGACAGUAACUCCCCUCUGGCUUUACCUCCACAAAGACCUUCUCACCAUGACCUGCUUUUCCACUGUGGCUGUGACGGCACUGCGAACCACGCUGGAGUCAGGUACAUUUCCAUAAAGCCCGAUAAUCGAAAAUUGGCCAAUGGAAGUAAUGUCUUGGGCUUACUGGUUGACACUUUGUUAAAGGAAGACUUUCGUCUGGUCAGCACUAGAACACCGGCCUCUGGAGACAAAAGUGAAUGUUAUGUCUUUGAAAGGAUAAAAAGUCCUCAAGUCCUUGGGAUGAAUAAAACACCCAAAUCAGAAACUACCGCCAUGCCAGCGCCAUCUCAGAAGUAACACUGUUCUUUGGAAAGUCCUUACUGGGGCAUGUAUGUCAGAUCUGUAAUCAGUCUAACUUUGGGUUCCUCAAGCAGUGGUUAAAGCCAUAUUGCCUGUUCUCUUAAAACAGCACUGUACUCUGCUUUGCUCCUUUCCCCAUGAACUCUCAUAGCUUUUAGAAAUAGGCUUUGAACUUGGACU